AUGAGCGAGGAGAACGUGGCGGUGGAGGAGGAGGAAGAGAUCGGGCAGGAGGAUGCUUGGACCGUCAUUUCCUCUUUCUUCGAGGAAAAGGGUCUGGCGCGGCAGCAGCUCGACUCGUUCAACGAGUUCAUCCAGCACACCAUGCAGGAGAUCGUCGACGAGAUGUCAGAUUUCACGAUCGAGCCGGAGGAGCAGCAUAUGCCGGGGGAGGAAGCGGAUGGGAAGGGGAAGAAGAAGUACAAGGUCGAGUUUAAGCAGAUCUACCUGUCGAAGCCCAUGGUGACGGAGGCAGACGGAAUGACCUCCACGCUCUUCCCCAAGGAGGCAAGGCUUCGCAACCUGACCUACUCCGCGCCGCUGUACAUCGACAUGGCCAAGUCCACCAUCACCACGACGGAUGAGAUCGACGCGACGACGGGCAAGUAUAUCGAGACGAUCGACACGGAGGAGUACCCCAAGGUGUUCUUUGGCAAGGUGCCCAUCAUGCUGCGGUCGCAGUACUGCUCGCUCCACGACCACACGGACAAGGAGCUCACCGAGCUUGGCGAGUGCCCGUACGACGAGGGCGGCUACUUCAUCAUCAACGGAUCGGAGAAGGUGCUCAUCGCGCAGGAGAAGAUGAGCACCAACCACGUCUACGUCUUCGAGAAGAGGCAGCCCUCCAAGUACAUGUGGGUCGCGGAGUGCAGAUCCUCUCCGGAGAGCGGCGCGAGGGCGGCGAGCUCGUGCAUGGCCAGGCUCUGCCACGCGCCGGGAACCAAGGACGAGGCGGGUGUUAUCAGCGUCACCAUCCCUUACAUCCGAACGGAGAUUCCCCUCUUCGUGGUGUUCAGGGCGCUUGGAUUCGUCGCGGACAAGGACAUCCUGGAACACCUCGUCUACGACUUUGAGGAUCACGAGAUGAUGCAGCUGCUCCGCAACUCCAUCGAGGAGGCGCAGGUGAUCCAGUCGCAGGACGUGGCGCUAGAUUUCAUCGGUAAGCGCGGGAGCGCGGUGGGUGUGACGAGGCCCAAACGCAUCCAGUACGCCAGGGAGAUUCUCCAGAAGGAGCUCCUCCCCCACGUCGGCGUCAACGAGGGUUGCGAGACAAAGAAGGCUUACUUUUUGGGUUACAUCGUGAACAGGCUGCUGCUGUGCGCGCUCGGUCGCAAGAAGGAGGAUGACCGCGAUCACUUCGGCAACAAACGGAUGGACCUCUCCGGUCCCCUCAUCGCCAUGCUUUUCCGCCAGCUUUUCCGUAAGGUUACCAAGGACGUCAGGCUGUACAGCCAACGGUGCAUUGACUCGGGGAAGGACAUCCAGCUCACUUUGGCGGUCAAGGCCAAGACGAUCACCUCGGGUCUGAAAUACUCGCUCGCGACGGGCAACUGGGGCGCGCAGGGUGCGCAAGAUAUCCGGGCGGGCGUCUCGCAGGUGCUCAACCGCUUAUCGUUUUCGUCUACGCUGAGCCACCUUCGAAGGCUGAACUCCCCUAUCGGCCGCGAGGGCAAACUCGCCAAGCCGAGGCAGCUGCACAACAGCCACUGGGGCAUGGUGUGCCCCGCGGAGACACCCGAAGGACAGGCGGUCGGGCUGGUGAAAAACCUCUCCCUCAUGUGCCUCGUCUCUGUUGGCUCGCCCAGCGCCCCGCUGCUCGAAUUUUUAGAGGAGUGGUCGAUGGAAAACCUGGAGGAGAUUUCGCCGUCAGUCAUCGUCAACGCUACGAAGAUCUUCGUCAACGGCGUAUGGGUCGGUGUACACAGGGAGCCGGCUCAGCUCGUGCAGACCCUGCGCAACCUCAGGCGCAAGCUCGACAUCACCAUCGAGGUUGGCGUUGUCCAUGAUAUUGCACUGCGGGAGCUUCGACUGUACACGGAUUAUGGGAGGUGCAUCAGGCCGCUGUUCAUCGUCGAAGACAACCAUCUGGUGAUAAAGAAGAAGGACAUCCAGAUGCUCUACGAGAAGGAAAUCACGGGUUACACCUGGAACGACCUCGUGGCGACCGGGUGCAUCGAGUACGUGGACACUGAGGAGGAGGAGACGACAAUGAUUGCGAUGACAAUCGACGAGCUCGUUGGGCAGCGCAUCAAUGCAGAACCUGGGGGCGUCAAACACAUGUACACCCACUGCGAGAUCCACCCCUCCAUGAUCCUCGGCAUCUGCGCCUCGAUCAUUCCCUUCCCGGACCACAAUCAGUCCCCGCGUAACACUUACCAGAGUGCGAUGGGUAAGCAGGCCAUGGGCAUGUACGUGACCAACUUUCAGAUUCGCAUGGACACGCUGGCAUACGUCCUUUUCUACCCGCAGAAGCCGCUGGUGACCACCCGCGCGAUGGAGCACCUGCACUUCCGCGAGUUGCCCGCGGGCGUCAACGUCGUCGUUGGCAUCAUGUGCUACACGGGUUACAACCAGGAGGACAGCGUGAUCAUGAACCAGUCGUCCAUUGACCGCGGGCUCUUCCGCUCGAUUUUUUACCGGUCUUUCAAAGAUGAGGAGAAGAAGCAGGGCUCGCUCACGAAGGAGGAGCUCGAGAGGCCGAGCAGAGACACCACGCUAGGUAUGCGUCACGGAACAUACGACAAGCUCGACGACGACGGUUUGAUCUGCCCUGGCACCCGAGUCAGUGGUGAGGAUAUCAUCAUCGGGAAGACGAGCCCACUCCCCGAGGAUGACCCGUCUGCGGUUUCCAAGCGCUUCACCAAGCGUGACUGCUCCACGGGAAUGAAAAACUCCGAGACCGGCAUCAUCGACCAGGUGCUUUUGACCACAAACGACCAGGGCCUUAGGUUCGUCAAGAUUCGCGUGCGAUCGUGCCGAACCCCCCAGGUUGGCGAUAAGUUCUCGUCCAGGCACGGGCAAAAGGGUACGAUUGGCAUGACUUACACCCAGGAGGAUAUGCCGUUCACGUGCGAGGGUAUCGUGCCGGACAUCAUCGUCAAUCCCCACGCCAUCCCCUCGCGCAUGACCAUCGGGCAGCUCGUCGAGUGUCUCAUGGGCAAGGUUGCGGCGAUGAUGGGCAAGGAGGGCGACGCCACCCCGUUCACUCCCGUCACCGUGGAGAGCAUCUCUGACAUGCUGCACAUGUGUGGCUAUCAGAAGAGAGGCAACGAGGUGAUGUACAACGGCCACACCGGACGCAAGCUCGAAGCUAAGAUCUUCCUCGGGCCCACGUACUACCAGAGGCUCAAGCACAUGGUGGACGAUAAGAUCCACUCUCGCGGCCGCGGCCCGGUGCAGAUCCUCACCCGCCAGCCCAUGGAGGGGAGAUCGAGGGACGGUGGCUUGCGCUUCGGAGAGAUGGAGCGCGAUUGCAUCAUCUCGCACGGCGCUGCGGCGUUCCUGAAGGAGCGCCUCAUGGAUCAGUCCGACGCCUACCGCAUCCACGUGUGCGAGACGUGCGGCCUCAUCGCGGUGGCCAACCUCAAGAACCAGACGUUUGAGUGCUGCAAGAACCCGAGCGAGCGGACCAAGGUUGUGCAGGUGAUGAUGCCCUACGCGUGCAAGCUCCUCUUCCAGGAGCUCAUGUCCAUGGCUGUCGCGCCCAGGCUGGUGACCUAAGAGGGGGAUGAGGACAUGCUAGAUGCCGCGGGGGGCUCGGACGGUGGUGGCCCAAGCGCCACGUAAAGCCACCAGCCCCCUCGGCGUCAGGCACACUUCAUAUAGACGAGCAAAAAAACAAAAAAUAGCGGAGAGUUGUGAAUCCAACGCAAAUAGUACCUU